AUGCACCAAGUUUACUGCUUGCUGGGCACACACACUGUGCUUCCCCCGCCGCCUCCCUUGUGGCGUAAGGCAGAACGCAUCAACGAGCUCAGCAACGAGCUCAGCAACGAGCUCAGCAACGAGCUCAGCAAAGAGCUCAGCAAAGAGCUCAGCAAAGAGCUCAGCAAAGAGCUCAGCAAAGAGCUCAGCAAAGAGCUCAGCAAAGAGCUCAGCAAAGAGCUCAGCAAAGAGCUCAGCAAAGAGCUCAGCAAAGAGCUCAGCAAAGAGCUCAGCAAAGAGCUCAGCAAAGAGCUCAGCAAAGAGCUCAGCAAAGAGCUCAGCAAAGAGCUCAGCAAAGAGCUCAGCAAAGAGCUCAGCAAAGAGCUCAGCAAAGAGCUCAGCAAAGAGCUCAGCAAAGAGCUCAGCAAAGAGCUCAGCAAAGAGCUCAGCAAAGAGCUCAGCAAAGAGCUCAGCAAAGAGCUCAGCAAAGAGCUCAGCAAAGAGCUCAGCAAAGAGCUCAGCAAAGAGCUCAGCAAAGAGCUCAGCAAAGAGCUCAGCAAAGAGCUCAGCAAAGAGCUCAGCAAAGAGCUCAGCAAAGAGCUCAGCAAAGAGCUCAGCAAAGAGCUCAGCAAAGAGCUCAGCAAAGAGCUCAGCAAAGAGCUCAGCAAAGAGCUCAGCAAAGAGCUCAGCAAAGAGCUCAGCAAAGAGCUCAGCAAAGAGCUCAGCAAAGAGCUCAGCAAAGAGCUCAGCAAAGAGCUCAGCAAAGAGCUCAGCAAAGAGCUCAGCAAAGAGCUCAGCAAAGAGCUCAGCAAAGAGCUCAGCAAAGAGCUCAGCAAAGAGCUCAGCAAAGAGCUCAGCAAAGAGCUCAGCAAAGAGCUCAGCAAAGAGCUCAGCAAAGAGCUCAGCAAAGAGCUCAGCAAAGAGCUCAGCAAAGAGCUCAGCAAAGAGCUCAGCAAAGAGCUCAGCAAAGAGCUCAGCAAAGAGCUCAGCAAAGAGCUCAGCAAAGAGCUCAGCAAAGAGCUCAGCAAAGAGCUCAGCAAAGAGCUCAGCAAAGAGCUCAGCAAAGAGCUCAGCAAAGAGCUCAGCAAAGAGCUCAGCAAAGAGCUCAGCAAAGAGCUCAGCAAAGAGCUCAGCAAAGAGCUCAGCAAAGAGCUCAGCAAAGAGCUCAGCAAAGAGCUCAGCAAAGAGCUCAGCAAAGAGCUCAGCAAAGAGCUCAGCAAAGAGCUCAGCAAAGAGCUCAGCAAAGAGCUCAGCAAAGAGCUCAGCAAAGAGCUCAGCAAAGAGCUCAGCAAAGAGCUCAGCAAAGAGCUCAGCAAAGAGCUCAGCAAAGAGCUCAGCAAAGAGCUCAGCAAAGAGCUCAGCAAAGAGCUCAGCAAAGAGCUCAGCAAAGAGCUCAGCAAAGAGCUCAGCAAAGAGCUCAGCAAAGAGCUCAGCAAAGAGCUCAGCAAAGAGCUCAGCAAAGAGCUCAGCAAAGAGCUCAGCAAAGAGCUCAGCAAAGAGCUCAGCAAAGAGCUCAGCAAAGAGCUCAGCAAAGAGCUCAGCAAAGAGCUCAGCAAAGAGCUCAGCAAAGAGCUCAGCAAAGAGCUCAGCAAAGAGCUCAGCAAAGAGCUCAGCAAAGAGCUCAGCAAAGAGCUCAGCAAAGAGCUCAGCAAAGAGCUCAGCAAAGAGCUCAGCAAAGAGCUCAGCAAAGAGCUCAGCAAAGAGCUCAGCAAAGAGCUCAGCAAAGAGCUCAGCAAAGAGCUCAGCAAAGAGCUCAGCAAAGAGCUCAGCAAAGAGCUCAGCAAAGAGCUCAGCAAAGAGCUCAGCAAAGAGCUCAGCAAAGAGCUCAGCAAAGAGCUCAGCAAAGAGCUCAGCAAAGAGCUCAGCAAAGAGCUCAGCAAAGAGCUCAGCAAAGAGCUCAGCAAAGAGCUCAGCAAAGAGCUCAGCAAAGAGCUCAGCAAAGAGCUCAGCAAAGAGCUCAGCAAAGAGCUCAGCAAAGAGCUCAGCAAAGAGCUCAGCAAAGAGCUCAGCAAAGAGCUCAGCAAAGAGCUCAGCAAAGAGCUCAGCAAAGAGCUCAGCAAAGAGCUCAGCAAAGAGCUCAGCAAAGAGCUCAGCAAAGAGCUCAGCAAAGAGCUCAGCAAAGAGCUCAGCAAAGAGCUCAGCAAAGAGCUCAGCAAAGAGCUCAGCAAAGAGCUCAGCAAAGAGCUCAGCAAAGAGCUCAGCAAAGAGCUCAGCAAAGAGCUCAGCAAAGAGCUCAGCAAAGAGCUCAGCAAAGAGCUCAGCAAAGAGCUCAGCAAAGAGCUCAGCAAAGAGCUCAGCAAAGAGCUCAGCAAAGAGCUCAGCAAAGAGCUCAGCAAAGAGCUCAGCAAAGAGCUCAGCAAAGAGCUCAGCAAAGAGCUCAGCAAAGAGCUCAGCAAAGAGCUCAGCAAAGAGCUCAGCAAAGAGCUCAGCAAAGAGCUCAGCAAAGAGCUCAGCAAAGAGCUCAGCAAAGAGCUCAGCAAAGAGCUCAGCAAAGAGCUCAGCAAAGAGCUCAGCAAAGAGCUCAGCAAAGAGCUCAGCAAAGAGCUCAGCAAAGAGCUCAGCAAAGAGCUCAGCAAAGAGCUCAGCAAAGAGCUCAGCAAAGAGCUCAGCAAAGAGCUCAGCAAAGAGCUCAGCAAAGAGCUCAGCAAAGAGCUCAGCAAAGAGCUCAGCAAAGAGCUCAGCAAAGAGCUCAGCAAAGAGCUCAGCAAAGAGCUCAGCAAAGAGCUCAGCAAAGAGCUCAGCAAAGAGCUCAGCAAAGAGCUCAGCAAAGAGCUCAGCAAAGAGCUCAGCAAAGAGCUCAGCAAAGAGCUCAGCAAAGAGCUCAGCAAAGAGCUCAGCAAAGAGCUCAGCAAAGAGCUCAGCAAAGAGCUCAGCAAAGAGCUCAGCAAAGAGCUCAGCAAAGAGCUCAGCAAAGAGCUCAGCAAAGAGCUCAGCAAAGAGCUCAGCAAAGAGCUCAGCAAAGAGCUCAGCAAAGAGCUCAGCAAAGAGCUCAGCAAAGAGCUCAGCAAAGAGCUCAGCAAAGAGCUCAGCAAAGAGCUCAGCAAAGAGCUCAGCAAAGAGCUCAGCAAAGAGCUCAGCAAAGAGCUCAGCAAAGAGCUCAGCAAAGAGCUCAGCAAAGAGCUCAGCAAAGAGCUCAGCAAAGAGCUCAGCAAAGAGCUCAGCAAAGAGCUCAGCAAAGAGCUCAGCAAAGAGCUCAGCAAAGAGCUCAGCAAAGAGCUCAGCAAAGAGCUCAGCAAAGAGCUCAGCAAAGAGCUCAGCAAAGAGCUCAGCAAAGAGCUCAGCAAAGAGCUCAGCAAAGAGCUCAGCAAAGAGCUCAGCAAAGAGCUCAGCAAAGAGCUCAGCAAAGAGCUCAGCAAAGAGCUCAGCAAAGAGCUCAGCAAAGAGCUCAGCAAAGAGCUCAGCAAAGAGCUCAGCAAAGAGCUCAGCAAAGAGCUCAGCAAAGAGCUCAGCAAAGAGCUCAGCAAAGAGCUCAGCAAAGAGCUCAGCAAAGAGCUCAGCAAAGAGCUCAGCAAAGAGCUCAGCAAAGAGCUCAGCAAAGAGCUCAGCAAAGAGCUCAGCAAAGAGCUCAGCAAAGAGCUCAGCAAAGAGCUCAGCAAAGAGCUCAGCAAAGAGCUCAGCAAAGAGCUCAGCAAAGAGCUCAGCAAAGAGCUCAGCAAAGAGCUCAGCAAAGAGCUCAGCAAAGAGCUCAGCAAAGAGCUCAGCAAAGAGCUCAGCAAAGAGCUCAGCAAAGAGCUCAGCAAAGAGCUCAGCAAAGAGCUCAGCAAAGAGCUCAGCAAAGAGCUCAGCAAAGAGCUCAGCAAAGAGCUCAGCAAAGAGCUCAGCAAAGAGCUCAGCAAAGAGCUCAGCAAAGAGCUCAGCAAAGAGCUCAGCAAAGAGCUCAGCAAAGAGCUCAGCAAAGAGCUCAGCAAAGAGCUCAGCAAAGAGCUCAGCAAAGAGCUCAGCAAAGAGCUCAGCAAAGAGCUCAGCAAAGAGCUCAGCAAAGAGCUCAGCAAAGAGCUCAGCAAAGAGCUCAGCAAAGAGCUCAGCAAAGAGCUCAGCAAAGAGCUCAGCAAAGAGCUCAGCAAAGAGCUCAGCAAAGAGCUCAGCAAAGAGCUCAGCAAAGAGCUCAGCAAAGAGCUCAGCAAAGAGCUCAGCAAAGAGCUCAGCAAAGAGCUCAGCAAAGAGCUCAGCAAAGAGCUCAGCAAAGAGCUCAGCAAAGAGCUCAGCAAAGAGCUCAGCAAAGAGCUCAGCAAAGAGCUCAGCAAAGAGCUCAGCAAAGAGCUCAGCAAAGAGCUCAGCAAAGAGCUCAGCAAAGAGCUCAGCAAAGAGCUCAGCAAAGAGCUCAGCAAAGAGCUCAGCAAAGAGCUCAGCAAAGAGCUCAGCAAAGAGCUCAGCAAAGAGCUCAGCAAAGAGCUCAAUCAAUCUUUGGGUUGA